UUGGUGCAGGGAGCAGCCUCAGAGGCACCAGUGGAGAGAAGUCCAGUCCAACAGUGCGACAAAGGAGGUGCAUGCUAACUGCCCAGCCCUGAGGACAGAGAGAGAGAGAGAAAAAAAGGCAGAGCUAUUUCUGAAAAAUACCCAGUGUGUGUGUGUGAGAGAGAGAGAGAGAGAAAUCUAUUCACUGUACAGAGGAAAGAAGAACAUAGGACAAUGACCCAGAUUGAAACACAUGUAACGUACAACCACAACACGUAUGUGGUGGAAGAGUACAUGCAACAGGAAGAAGAUUGGGACAGGGACCUGCUCCUCGACCCCGCUUGGGAGAAACAGCAAAGAAAGACAUUCACGGCCUGGUGUAACUCGCACCUGCGGAAAGCGGGCACGCAGAUUGAGAACAUCGAGGAGGACUUUCGCAAUGGACUCAAACUCAUGCUGCUUCUGGAGGUCAUCUCAGGAGAGCGCCUCCCCAAACCUGACAAGGGCAAGAUGCGUUUCCACAAGAUCGCCAACGUCAACAAGGCCCUGGACUACAUCGCCAGCAAGGGGGUCAAACUGGUGUCCAUCGGAGCCGAGGAGAUUGUGGACGGAAACUUGAAGAUGACCCUGGGCAUGAUCUGGACCAUUAUUCUUCGCUUCGCCAUCCAGGACAUCUCCGUGGAAGAGACCUCGGCCAAGGAAGGCCUGCUGCUGUGGUGCCAGCGGAAGACUGCUCCCUACCGGAACGUCAACGUACAGAACUUCCACAUCAGCUGGAAGGAUGGCCUCGCGCUGUGUGCUCUGAUCCACAGACACCGGCCUGACCUGAUCGACUACUCCAAGCUGAGAAAGGACGACCCCAUCGGCAACCUGAACCAGGCCUUCGAGGUGGCUGAGAAAUACUUGGAUAUUCCCAAGAUGCUGGACGCUGAAGACAUCGUGAACACCCCUAAGCCGGACGAGAAGGCCAUCAUGACGUACGUCUCCUGUUUCUACCACGCCUUCGCCGGGGCUGAGCAGGCUGAGACGGCAGCUAACAGGAUUUGCAAAGUCCUGGCCGUCAACCAGGAGAACGAGAAGCUGAUGGAGGAGUACGAGAAGCUGGCCAGUGAGCUCCUGGAAUGGAUCCGACGCACGAUUCCCUGGCUGGAGAACCGCAUCCCGGAGAAGACCAUGCAGGCCAUGCAGCAGAAGCUGGAGGACUUCCGAGACUACCGCCGCGUGCACAAGCCCCCGCGCGUGCAGGAGAAGUGCCAGCUGGAGAUCAACUUCAACACCCUGCAGACCAAACUCCGCCUGAGCAACCGCCCGGCCUUCAUGCCCUCCGAGGGCAAGAUGGUGUCUGACAUCGCCAAUGCCUGGAAAGGUCUGGAGCAAGUGGAGAAAGGGUACGAGGAGUGGCUCCUCACCGAGAUCCGCCGACUGGAGCGCCUUGACCACCUGGCCGAGAAGUUCAAGCAGAAGUGUGCGCUGCACGAGGCGUGGACCGCAGGGAAGGAGGACAUGCUGAGCAAGAAGGACUACGAGUCGGCCUCGCUGAUGGAGAUCCGCGCCCUGAUGCGCAAGCACGAGGCCUUCGAGAGUGACCUGGCCGCCCACCAGGACCGCGUGGAGCAGAUCGCCGCCAUCGCCCAGGAGCUGAAUGAGCUGGAUUACCAUGAUGCAUCCACGGUGAACAGCCGCUGCCAGGCCAUCUGUGACCAAUGGGACACCCUUGGAACGCUGACCCAGAAACGGAGGGACGCGCUCGAGCGGAACGAGAAACUGCUGGAGACCAUCGACCAGCUGUACCUGGAGUUUGCCAAGCGGGCGGCCCCGUUUAACAACUGGAUGGACGGAGCAAUGGAGGACCUGCAGGACAUGUUCAUCGUGCACAGUAUCGAGGAGAUCCAGAGUCUGAUCACGGCCCACGAGCAGUUCAAGGCCACACUGCCCGAAGCCGACAAGGAGCGGAUGGCCAUCAUGGGGAUCCAGAAUGAGAUCAACAAGAUCGCCCAGACCUACGGAAUCAAGCUGUCCGGAAUCAACCCGUACACCAACAUAAACCCCCAGGAUGUGGCCGGCAAGUGGGACAAAGUGAAGACGCUGGUCCCCCACAGAGACCAAACCCUGCAGGAGGAACUCGCCCGCCAACAGUCCAACGAACGCCUUCGCCGGCAGUUCGCCGCCCAAGCCAACGUCAUCGGCCCCUGGAUUCAGACCAAGAUGGAGGAGAUCGGCCACAUCUCCAUCGACAUCACAGGCUCCCUGGAGGACCAGAUGAACCACCUGAAGCAAUACGAACAGAACAUCAUCAACUAUAAGGCCAACAUCGAUAAGCUGGAGGGAGACCACCAGCUCAUCCAGGAAGCUCUCAUCUUUGACAACAAACACACCAGCUACACCAUGGAGCACAUCCGUGUGGGCUGGGAACAGCUCCUCACCACCAUCGCCAGGACCAUCAAUGAGGUGGAGAACCAGAUUCUGACCCGGGACGCCAAGGGCAUCAGCCAGGAGCAGCUGAACGAGUUCCGCGCCUCCUUCAACCACUUCGACAGGAAGAGGAAUGGCAAGAUGGAGCCCGACGACUUCCGUGCCUGCCUCAUCUCCAUGGGCUACGAUCUGGGCGAGGUGGAGUUUGCACGGAUCAUGACCCUGGUGGACGCCAACAACACCGGCGUGGUGACCUUCCAGGCCUUCAUCGACUUCAUGACCCGCGAGACGGCCGAGACGGACACAGCCGAGCAAGUCAUGGCCUCCUUCAAGAUCCUGGCCUCCGACAAGAACUACAUCACGGUGGAGGAACUGAGGCGGGAGCUGCCCCUGGAACAGGCGGAAUACUGCAUCAGCCGGAUGACCACCUACACUGGAGCUGACGGAAUUCCCGGAGCACUUGACUACAUCUCCUUCUCCAGCGCGCUGUACGGGGAGAGCGACCUGUGAACCUCCCUCCCUCCCUCCCUCCCUCCAUCACCCCCACAGCCGUGUCCGUCCGCUUCACCCUCUUCCUUUGCGCCAACCCGGCCAGGAGGACCACCCUCCGCUGCGCGCCUCAGAACGUCUCCCCUCCCCGCCCCACCAGCCCGACGCCCUGUCCGCUCCAGGGAGGGGCCCGCUCAGAAGGAAAGGUUUGGAUUCACUCACUGCAUGCACUGUGGACCGGGGAGGGAAGCGGGCCUGGGGAAGGGGAGGGGACGUAAUGGGUGCCCCACCUCCACCGACCUCCCCUCCGGUGAGGUGGAAGGGGCAUCUAUAGUGGCGUCCGCCCUCUCCGCCAUCUUGGUGGCCAAGAGUAAUUACUGAGGAAUGGCGGGUGAGGGGGGAAAGGCUUCCCCUCGGUCCUGUCCCUCCGACCUCCGACCUCCAGAACUUGAGGUGAUGACCAGGUUGCCCAGGGAUCCUCCCCACUCCCCACACUCCUCCUUUGCCCUCCCCUUCCCCAGCCACAACCCGCCCAUCUCAUUCCAUUCUCCUCUCGCUUCUACGUGCUGCUCCUCUUCCAACCAGCCCCGCCAACGUUUUAUUUAUUCUCCAGAGUCAGGCUCCAGGCGAUGUGAAACACUAGGCCGGCGAGCGGGUUGCUCGCUGCAUUUCGGGGCGGGGAGUGUCCUUUUAAGCCACAGAUUGUAAGCUGAGACAAAAAUAAAAACACUCCUUGGAGGUA